ACAGAAUACGGCCUUCGCACCGAACUCCCGAGGCGCGGGCCCGUCGAUCAUCCGUACUCUUUCCCGGCUAAGCGAACCCCCGCGCUACGGCCUCCCCCCCCAACCCCACAAUGCGACUCUCCUUUUCCGUUCUCGCCUGCGAAUGUUACCGGAAGCCCUGACCGGGCAGUCCUCCCCCCUCCGGCGACGGCGACGUCGACUGUGCCUUCUCUGAGAGACAGAAAGGUGCUAUACUCUGAGAGGCGCUCUGAAGCUUCAGGAAGAGUUUUCAUGGAGAGCUCCGAUGAUGAAAAGGACGGUGUCAUGACAAAUAAUCAGGUGCCCAGGGCAUUAUCUCAUUGUUUAGCAUCUGGGGGUGCAAAAUUUGUGGAUGAAGUACUUAAUGGACAGAGUGAGAGCUGUCUGGACAAUUUCCGGAUGGACAAGCUUGUGUUCUAUAAACUGUGCGAUAUUCUGCAUUCUAGAGGCUUGUUACGACACACGAACCGAAUCAAGAUCGAGGAGCAGCUAGCCAUAUUCUUAUUUAUCGUCGGACAUAACCUACGUACCCGGGCUGUCCAGGAGUUAUUCAGAUAUUCAGGAGAGACCAUCAGUCGGCAUUUUAACAAUGUGUUGAACGCAAUCGUGGCGAUAUCAUUAGAUUUUUUUGAGCCUCCGUGGCCUGAAGUUCCUCAAGAAAUCUUGGAAGAUCCAAGAUUAUAUCCAUAUUUCAAGGAUUGUGUAGGAGUGGUAGAUUGCAUACACAUCCCUGUGACGGUAGGCGUUGAUGAGCAAGGGCCUUUUCGCAAUAGAAAUGGGCAACUCACACAGUGUGUGCUUGCAGCUGGCUCACUUGACCUCAAGUUCCAUUAUGUUCUUGCUGGGUGGGAAGGCUCAGCAUCGGAAUUACAAGUCUUAAAUUCGGCUCUCACAAGGCGUAACAGACUGCAGGUCCCUGAAGGCAGGUACUACCUCGUGGGCACCAAGUAUUCGAAUUUACCUGGCUUCAUAUCCCCGUACCAUGAUGUCCCCUACCACUCAAAUGAAUUUCCUAGCGGUUAUCAUCCACAAGAUGCAAAAGAGCUCUUCAAUCAAAGACACUCUCUGUUGAGAAAUGCUGUUGAUCGCACCUUCAGGGCAUUAAAGGCUAGGUUCCCUAUUCUGAUGUCAGCUCCUCCAUACCCAUUACAGACGCAGGUGAAGUUAGUGGUGGCCACUUGCGCAAUUCAUAAUUACAUUCGACGGGAGAAACCCGAUGACUGGAUCUUUAGAAUGCAUGAGCAGGAUAGUUUACUGCAGAUGGAGGAGCCGCUACUGCCUCUGGAGGUGGAGCAACAACUGAUGAUGCAUCAUGAGAACCGGGAUCUGGGUUUUGCUUUUGAAGCUGAAGAAAUUGAACUCUCUUCCCGACUCCGAGAUGCUAUGGCGACUGAGAUGUGGAAUGACUACAUCAAUGAUAUAGCCGUCAUUUAGGUAUGUGCUCAAAUAAACUGACUAGAAUAAUUAUUGUCUGGGUAGUAGCUUGACUCUUUCUAUAGUAAAGAAGUGCGAUAUUCUGCCUUUCCCAUUUAUCUUCCAAUGACUAUUUGAGCCUUUUCUCGUUGAACGCUGAAUUUAUCGGCUACUGCAUCUAGCCAUUUGAACA